GAACACGUACAUUUCUGCUGCUUCAGCAGAGCUCAUGUCCUCCUUUUCUGCAGUGUCAGUUUAACCCCUGCUUCCCCGGAGUGAAGUGCGUUAACACCGCCCCUGGCUUCCGCUGCGACGCCUGCCCGCUGGGUUACGCCGGCCUGCCGGUGGAGGGCGUGGGCAUUUUGUUUGCUCAAACCAACAAACAGGUCUGCGAUGACAUUGAUGAAUGCAAAGGACCCGACAACGGUGGCUGCACUGCAAACUCAAUCUGUCACAACUCUGUGGGCUCCUUUUACUGUGGCAGCUGUAAGACUGGGUUCACAGGAGAUCAGGUGAGGGGCUGUGAGCCAGAGCUCAGCUGUGGAAACAGCCUGACCAACCCCUGCGACAUCAAUGCCGAGUGCAUUCGAGAAAGAGAUGGCUCUAUUUCUUGUCAGUGUGGAAUUGGCUGGGCGGGCAACGGAUACCUGUGCGGGAAAGACACGGACAUUGAUGGAUACCCGGAUGAAAAACUCAAGUGCAAGGACGCAAACUGUAGAAAGGAUAAUUGCAUCUUUGUUCCCAACUCUGGUCAAGAGGACGCCGACAGGGAUGGCCAGGGAGACGCCUGUGAUGACGAUGCAGAUGGUGACGGUAUUCCCAAUGAGCAGGACAACUGCCGGUUGAAGCCCAACGUGGAUCAGAGGAACAGCGAUGCAGACAGCCACGGCGACGCCUGUGACAACUGUCGCGUGGUGAACAACCCCGACCAGCGGGACACUGACGGAGACGGCAAAGGAGAUGCCUGCGAUGAUGACAUGGACGGAGACGGUGUGAGAAAUUUCCUGGACAACUGCCAGCGUGUCCAGAACAGAGACCAGCUGGACCGGGACGGAGACGGCGUGGGAGACGCUUGCGACAGCUGCCCUGACAUCCCCAACCCAAACCAGUCUGACGUUGAUAACGACCUGGUUGGAGACUCGUGCGACACAAACCAAGACAGCGAUGGCGAUGGUCACCAGGAUACCAAGGACAAUUGUCCACUAGUGAUUAACAGCUCACAGCUGGACACCGACAAAGACGGAGUGGGAGACGAAUGUGACGACGACGAUGACAAUGACGGGAUCCCAGAUACUCUGCCGCCGGGUCCGGACAACUGCAGGCUGGUGCCCAACCCUGACCAGAUCGAUGACAACAAUGACGGCGUUGGCGAUAUCUGCGAAUCCGACUUUGACCAGGACAAAGUGAUUGACCGGAUUGACAAUUGCCCUGAGAACGCAGAGGUCACCCUGACAGACUUCAGGGCCUACCAGACGGUGGUGCUGGACCCUGAGGGAGAUGCCCAGAUCGACCCCAACUGGGUUGUCCUCAACCAGGGAAUGGAAAUAGUUCAGACCAUGAACAGUGACCCGGGACUUGCUGUUGGAUACACUGCUUUCAGUGGAGUCGACUUCGAGGGGACUUUCCACGUGAACACAGUUACCGAUGACGACUACGCCGGCUUCAUCUUUGGCUACCAGGACUCGUCAUCCUUCUAUGUGGUGAUGUGGAAGCAGACCGAGCAGACCUACUGGCAGGCCACCCCUUUCAGAGCCGUGGCCGAGCCAGGCAUCCAGCUUAAGGCUGUAAAGUCCAGGUCGGGCCCUGGGGAACACUUGAGAAACUCGCUGUGGCACACGGGAGACACCAACGACCAGGUGCGUCUGCUGUGGAAGGACCCCAGGAACGUCGGCUGGAAGGAUAAAGUUUCCUACCGCUGGUAUUUGCAGCACCGUCCACAGAUUGGAUACAUCAGAGUGCGGUUUUACGAGGGAACUCAGCUGGUUGCAGAUUCUGGCGUGACCAUCGACACGACCAUGAGAGGAGGGCGACUCGGCGUGUUCUGCUUCUCACAAGAAAACAUCAUCUGGUCCAAUCUGAAAUAUCGCUGCAACGACACCAUCCCAGAGGAUUUCCAGGAGUUCAGCGCUCAGCACACCGUUGACUCAAUCUAAAGUCAAGGCUUUUAGAUGCCUCCAGAUCCACAAGGAGGGCGUCUCCGUGUGGGUGCGUCUGUAUGCAUGUGAGCGUGGUGACUUGUGUGUGUGUGUGUGUGUGUGUGUGUGUGUGUGUGUGUGAGUGUGUGUGUGUGUGUGUGUGUGU